GACGACGACGACGAGGAAGAAAUCUCGAAAGCCCCCAGCUGGUUCGAAUCCACCCUCCUCGCACGGCGCCUCCUCGCCCUCUCCCCGACCGGCACGGCCUCCACCAUCUUCCCGUCCCCGCUCCCCAAAGACUCCCGCGCGUACGCCCACAUCCCCGACAACGUGGCCGGCCACUCCAUCAGCCUGAUCGAGUACCUCUCCGACUGCGAGCACGCCCUGUCCCCGGAAGGGCCAGAGCGCGAAGGGGGCGGGCACGGCAACCCGAUCUUCCUGGCCCUCCACAUCGCCACGACCUUCCGCAACACCGCGCACGGCUCGAACCUCUCGCUGUCCCUGUCGUGGUGGGACCACGUCAACCGCACCGAGCCCGUGUUUCCGGGCUUCCCGCUGAGUCCGGCCGGCUUGCCCCGCGUCACGCUUUUGGGGUAUGUCGAGGGGAUUGAUUUCGCGGAGUAUACUACUUCCGGGGCGGAGAAGGAGGCGGAGGAGGUGGAGGCGCGACUGACGGAGUGCUAUCUGCGGGCGCAUCCCGAUGCGAAGGCGUGGUUGCCGCACCGGAAGGGGGCCCCGCAUCAGAGCUUCUGGGCCCGGUUGGUGGUCGAGCAGGUGUAUUGGGUGGGCGGGUUUGGCGGGUUGCAGCAGAUCGGGUGGGCGAAUUUGUCGGAGUGGAGGGGCGUU